AUGGUACAGCCACGCGCUCCGCGUGCGGCCCUUGCAGACGUGAGCAACCGCGAACGCACUCAUCAGCAGGGCAAGACAAAAGAAACACAGCGUCCGUCGCAGCCGCCACCCACGACGACCACGCUGCCGAUGCGCCGCGCUACGGCGCUCGGCAGCGCGCUGUCUGCCGAGGACGUCGCUGCGCGCCCGCAAGUGCGCCCUCCCCCGGCCUCUCACAGCGUUCCUGAAGCAUCCGCACGCGCUCCUAUUGCGCUCCCCGUGGCAUCUGAGCCUGCCGGAGUGCAGGACGUGUCGAUGACCACCGACUCGGGUCUCUCUUCGCACGCCGCAGACCACCUCCGCGCACACCAAGUUGCCUCGCCGCCUUCGUCGCUUGGCGAGCGCGUCAGCGCAUCGCAUUCCUCCGACAGCCUCGGGACCGAAGACAGCGAGGCACUUGCUGUGUUGGAGCUCGACGUGGACCCCACCGGCCUCGUCACCCUCUCGCUCGAGCAUGAGAUGGAGGCGCAGCAACGUGUCGCCGAAGUCUGCGACGAGUACGAAAAGUCGGUCCUCGCGCCGCAAGCGCUUGCUGCGCAGGCCGAGCGCCGCGAACUCGUGCAGCUUGGGCAGAUGGAUGCUGCGAUUGCGGCGCAGGACGACGAGAUGAUGCGUCUCGGAUUGGACCCCGAAGAGGCCCGUGAUGCUAGCAUGGUGGCCGAGUACGCUUCCGAUAUCUUUGAAUACAUGGCUUGCUGCGAACGCGAGUCCAUGGCCAACCCCAACUAUAUGGACUUCCAGGACGAGAUCCAAUGGCAUAUGCGCACCACCCUCAUUGACUGGCUGCUCCAAGUGCACAUGCGCUACCACAUGCUGCCGGAAACACUCUGGAUUGCGGUGAACCUGGUCGACCGUUUCCUGAGCGCACGCAUUGUCAGCCUAGCCAAGCUGCAGCUCGUCGGCGUCACGGCGAUGUUCAUUGCCGCCAAGUACGAGGAGAUUCUCGCGCCGAGCGUCGAAGAGUUUGUGUUUAUGACCGAGAAUGGCUACUCGCGCGAGGAGAUCCUCAAAGGCGAGCGCAUUGUACUGUCGACGCUCGACUUUAACGUCUCGACCUAUUGCUCGCCCUACUCGUGGGUGCGCCGCAUCUCCAAGGCCGACGAUUACGAUAUCCAGACGCGCACCCUGUGCAAGUUCCUCAUGGAAGUCACUCUUUUGAACCACUGCUUCCUUCGUGCGCGGCCUAGCCUGAUUGCUGCGAUCGGCAUGUACCUUGCCAAGCGUAUGCUGGGUGGCGUGUGGGAUGAUGCAUUCGUGUACUACUCGCGGUUCUCGGAAGAACAGCUUGUCCCGGGCGCCAACCUUUUGCUCGAGAAGCUGAUCGAGCCGGGCUUUGAGGAGCAGUUCGUGUACAAGAAAUACGCCAGCAAGAAAUUUCUCAAGGCAAGCAUCUACGCACGCAACUGGGCAUUACGGAACCACCACGUUUUCGUUGCCACUACUCAAACCCCGCAUUCCUAUGCAUCAGCAGAGCACGCGUAUUCUGCCGAGGCACGUUGA